AUGUCUACACCAUACGGUCUCCCAACUUCGCCACGAGCAAACCGCGUCAUGCUCUCCCCAAUCACCACAUCCUUUCCAUCAAACGCAUCUUCCACAACACCAUCACCAUACUCUGAUGGUUCAUCACCACGCACGCUCGUGGAAACCCAGCAGUACCGCAACCGCGAUUCACUGAUCUUCAUCAACGCUACAAUCCCUCUCAGCCCAUCGUCCACGUCUAGCUCUCCCCACAAAGAGAACCCAUACGACGGUCUGGUCCCACGAAAGCGCAAUGGUCUAGCACGCUUGUUCUGCUGCUUUGGCCGCGAAGAGCGCGCGCGACGACGCGUAGUAAGGGAGACAGAGUUCGAAAAGGUCGGAGAGAUGGGUCAUUGGUCAGAAUACUAA